AUGGCAAAAAUCCGAUUCGUUUUCUCGAUGAGGUGUUGGUUCUCGACAUGGGCUUCGUUGGAGGCGAGGAUGGUGACGAAGCCACAGAGGAUUGUGAUCUUGAUUGGUUGCAGGAUUUGUGGAUCUGCCUCCACGGGGAAAGGCCGAGGCGGGGGCGGCGCCGUUCAUGGCAGAGACGGGUUGCAGUCGUGUACUGAGACUCCGCCUUCUCGAGAUGAGCCCACGGCGCGCAGCCGCUCGUCUCCGAGUCAAGCGAACCAUUGCCGGUUGAAAGCAGGGACGCCCUUCGUCUCGUCAAGCGAACCACGAUCGGUAAAAAAUUGUGCGACGGGGAAGGCGAUGGAGUCCACCAUCAGGUAUCUCCCUAAUCGUCGGAAGUCGUCGGUCAUCCACCAUCAUUGCGCUCGAGAUGCAUGCGGUGAUGAAGACUUGGCGAAGCCGCGGAUUGCACCAUCAGAACCAGACCGAUUGAAAAAAAAUUAG